AACAGUUUAUGAAAGAGAAAACUUUUCUCUUUCGUUUACUACCAACAUCUGUGAUUGGCGUGUAACGGUUUGUCCGGAAUUUCCAUUCAAAGUGGAUUUUGACAGUUGGCUUUUAGGCCGUAAUCAUAUGUUUGUCGAGAAUUUUCAUGCAUUUUCUAGCAUAUACUUCUAGUAAAUAUUCAAUUAGUGGAUAGACCGAAUACGUCCAAUGCACAAAAUUUGCAGCAGAAGAAACGAGAGGCAGAUCAAAAAGUAUGAUAUCGGUGAUUAAAAAAAAGUUCUGCGUAUGCCUGGUCCAGACAUUUACAGACUUUUAAAACAGUAAUAAACUGACCGAUUUUCUUCAGAAAAUAAUAGAUGUGUCCCAGCAUGCAAAGAAUUACGAAUCAAAUACCGUUCAUACUUUUACCAUUUAGAUUUUUUUUAAGAAAUUUAGAACUUAAUCUUUCACGGAAUCUUUUUGGUCUUUUUCGGAGUAACGAACCAAUGAUCUCUAAAUGCGCAGGUAUCCUUCUGUUGAUCAACAGCAUGCGGCAGCUGUUCAAAUCGUAAAAUUAUUUCCACAACUUAGUAAUACGCGAGUCACACCAACUGCUCCUGAUGAGUCAUUUUUCUUUUGGCGCAACGGAGGCAAGGAAAAGGGUGCUCAUACUGGCAUGAUAUUUCAUCGCAUCCGGAAUGUCAUCAAACAGCUACCUGCAGAAAAACAUAAAUAUAAUCGAGGAACUAUGCCUGUAGAAGAGUCCGUUUCAACUGAACUUGUAGAGCGGGCUCAAUUGCUCCGAGUAAUGCUUGCAUCGGCAUCAGUAGCAGAACAUAUUUGUGAUGAAAUGGACCGAUGCUUUCCAGUCCUCAAACUGUUAUUAAAAGAAAAGAAACCCGUUAAUGAUAUCUUGGAUAUGUUUCCACACCUGUGUUCAUAUGAAGGAUUGGUGAUUCGUCAAAUGUUUGAGAGAUUGUAUCCUAACAGAACAGAAGGUCUCAAAAUCGAGGAUGUCUUCUCUCAGUGUCUAUCUUAUUCACCGUCCAGAUUCUCUAGAGUAGAAGAUGAUCACAUUCGAGGAUGCUUGAGAAUAAUUUCUCAUAUGCCAAUUCGCGGACAAAAAAGAACGCUGGUAGGCUGUCCAACUGUAGGCGAAGAACAUUCGGCUUCAAUUUUAAUUCGUUGGAUUGGGGAGUGCUUAGAUACAUACAUGGCAUCCCCCGCAACUGAUUCCAAACUACACAUGGUGUGCGUAGCAAGCCCGAUGAAAAGAGGAAAUUAUGCCGUCAUUUGUGAGAAAAAAGUUAUAUUCGAGACUAACAAUUCUAUUCAUGCAGUGGAAAUUUUAUUCAAAUGCCACGCAGUUCUCGGAGUGGAGGUGCCACCUAAUUUUAGAAUGUUUUGGGACUUUCUGGCAUGUGCCAUAUAUAAUAUAAUUCCGCACAGUCAGAGGACAACUGUGAAUAGACUCGUCCAAACUUUUAUUGAAGUUUCCCGCGCACGUAUUGACAACAAAUAAAAGGACAACUUUUUUAUACAAUACUUACUAAAAACCAUAAAAUUUAAUAAACAGAAGUUUCUUUAAUUAUUAUUGUAAAAAUAUUCCAUAAGAAAAGAAAGACUGCAUUGUGUUGUAUCCAAAACAAAAUUUUGACGGCCAAUUUCUUCACUGGAUGUAAACCGGUUUAGUUCCAGUUCAAAUGCAACAAUCGAUCAUGAACCAAUUUAAAUAGGAAUCGGUUGUUGCAUUUCUUCUUACAGAAACCAUUCAGAAUUGCAAGUCAUAAUCCGGAUGGCUCCAGUCAGUAUUCCGG